AUGAGCCCUACACAAUUUAAUAAUCAACAACACCAUGAAAGCACAUCCAACGGUAAUGGUGGCCUAUGCACUCCGCCCUUGAAAGUCAGCAAAGACUCCCAUUUGAUAAAAAAAUCAGUGUCCUCAUCGUCAUCAUCAUCGGCGGCCUCCUCCCUUGGAGUCACCGGCACCACAAAGCCGCAACAGCAACGGCACCCUGUCAUCAUCUACACGCACUCUCCCAAAGUCAUCCACACGCACCCUAAGGAUUUCAUGUCAUUGGUGCAAAAACUCACUGGAUUUUCACGCAAUGAAGAUGAUCAUCAUAAUCAUCACCACGCCCCUCAUCAAUCCAAGGGGGAGAAUGGUACCGCCUCAGCCGAAGAAGACAGCAAGAGGAUCAACAAUGAUGAUAAUGAAUCCUCAUUGGUUGUAACAGAUGAAAACUGUGAAGGACAAGUGAAUUCUUGUUCUGUGCCACCUUUGUUUGAACCACCACCAGCUCCAUUUUUGGCAAAUAUUCCAGUUUUUACGCCGAAUUCGGCUGAUUUUCUAUGCGUGAAUCAGCCUUUUUAUAAUUGCACAGAUUCAUUGUUUUUUACACCAAAUAUGAGGAACUCCAUUUCAUCUUCUUCAUCAGGGUUGGAGAUGAUGAAUGAGUUUCGGGAUUAUUAA